AUGGAGUCGGAAGAUACGGCUUUGGCCCGAUUCUAUGGCCUCCCUAAGGCGCACAAAGACGGCGCUCCUCUCCGACUCAUCGUGUCGCUCAAAGGAACUCAAACGUACGCACUGGCAAAGUGGCUGUUCCGGCGUCUCAAGUUCCUGACCGCUGAGUCAGACACAACCGUCUCUUCGUCAGCACAAUUCCUGGGGAAACUCAAAGGGGUAAGCAUCCAUCCAAAUGUGGUCAUGGUAUCUUUUGAUGUUACAUCCCUUUUAACUUCUAUUCCCCAGGACCUGGCGAUCGAGACAAUUGAGCUGCUACUACAAAGCAAAUACGAUGAAACGGAGAACCGUCUUGGACACGCCCAAAUCCUUCAGCUCCUGAAGCUCUGCCUCAGGACGUACUUCACGUUCGACGGGACAAUCUACGAACAGGUGAAGGGCACACCAAUGGGUUCGCCGAUUUCGGGAUUCAUCGCCGAGGCGGUCCUGCAACGGUUAGAGUCGCUGGUCUUCCAACACCACAGACCGAAAUUCUGGGCCCGGUAUGUGGAUGAUACCUUCGUCGUCAUCGAACGGGAUCAGGUGUUGACAUUCCAAGAACAUCUCAACGCCGUCUUCCCGGACAUUCAAUUUACGAUGGAGGAGGAAGAGAACAACCAGCUGGCCUUCCUGGAUGUCCUCGUAUGCCGCAAAGAUUGUGGUGAACUAAAAACACAAGUGUUCAGGAAAGCGACAAAUACGAUGCAAGUACUGAACUUCAACAGUAACCACCCAAUCAGCCACAAACGCAGUUGUGUAAGGACGCUCUAUCGGCGUGUCGAAACGCACUGCCAUGAACCGGAAGACAAAAUUGCUGAACUACAAUACCUCCGACGGGUCUUCAAAGCCAAUGGCUACCCGCGCAACUUCGUCGACCGGUGCAUACGCAAAAGGGACGAGAGGCCUAACCGCACGGACACCAAAUCUUGGCGGGCACUUCCGUAUGUGAAGAACGUUUCGGAAGCUGUCGGCCGCCUUCUCGCACCACUUGGGGUUGGAGUGGCACACAGACCGGAGGCCACCAUCAGGCGUCAAGUAAUGAAACCGAAAGACCCGCUGCCACGACAAGAAACGUCUGGAGUCGUUUAUCGGAUCUGGUGCAGUUGCGGACAAAGCAACUACGUCGGAGAAACCGGAAGACAGCUCCAAACGAGAAUGGCCGAACACGCGGCAGCAGUGCGCAGAAAUGACGCCAGCUCUCAAGUUGCGGCUCAUUCGACGAGAUCCGGCCACACAUUCAAAUUUGAUGAGGCCGAAAUUCUCGCAAGAGGUUACAACCGCGUGAGCCGGGAGCUACUGGAAUCAUGGUUUACUGGCCCCCAGUCCAUCAACAAGUGCAACGAUCUUCCGACUCCAUACUCCGUGCUAAAUCUUCGCCCAGGCGGAGUAACAAGCCAUGCGGGGAGAGCAGAGGGGAACACUUUUCCUAACACCGGGGUCGGUGCGUCAGAUGUUCGAGCAAUCAUCACGCCAACAUCCAACGCACGUGAUAAAAUUGCAGCAAUUGUCGACUUGAAUGUCGGCCAUCAAGCAAUGAUCACAAUAAGUGCGACGAUCCCGGAUGAAGGAGGGGAGCCGUGA